GCGGUUCUUGAUCCUUCCUCUAGGGUUCCUUUUUUAAUGUAUAGCUCAGGUGGCAUGGAAACGAAAUAUUACCCAUUUAACAUUACGAGUAUCCUACGGAACGACAGUUUCUCUCCUAAUCGAGGUCACUUCAGAAGUGUCAACCAGCACCAGGCAACUGUACCCCGUUCCCCCGCUGCAACAAUGUCGCUAGCGGAACGCUUAGCAGGUAGGUCUUUCCCCCUGAUUAUUUUUACAAGCUCGAAAAGUUUUUAAUGCAGGUUAUUGGAAGCUAUAAAUAUUAGCUGUUUUGACGUGGCAAGGUCACUUGGUCAUUUUUCAACGCUUUUUCUGUUGACCUGUGCCAUUAUAAAAGAAGCUACGCAAAUGUGACGGCAAUGAACGUUUGUUGUCUGAUUGAUGCAAACAAGAGAUGAACGCCCAGGCGACGGUUUCAAGUUGUCUUCUCGGGUGUCUUUGAAUCGUGAUGUUUUAGACAAAAUGAUAUGGGCUUAAUCUUUCCUUUUUGGGAAACUAGCAUUUAGCGCUGAAGUUUGUCUUCGGCACUAGUUUGGAGUUUGCAGCUAGAAGAGAAAAUGGCUAUUGUAGUUUGUGACGUAAUGAUCAUGGUUUGUGGCAGUAUAUUUGUUCUACUUCUUCAAGAAACAAGUUUUUGAAAGGCAAAAGGUAGAGAGUUUGUAACCGGUAAGUUAUUUUGUACAGAACACUAAACUUGUAGUUCAUCGUUUAGGACGACGAUAAUUCACACUGCAUACAGAAUACCCUCAGGUGGUAGACAGUUCUUUAGUUCUUGCACUGCGUUUUAGCACACUAUUAGUGUCUGCGUCGCCAAACACCGCCCGUUUUCUAACGCCUUCGUGUUUGAAAACACGAAAACAGUUCUUGCCUGAAAGGUGCUUUGAAGAUUGAGUAACAAAUGAUUUUUACAGCUAAUAAAACGCUUAGUGGUUUGAUGAUUGUUAGUUUAGAACCUAAUAAUCGUUAACAAAUACACAUCCCUAAAUUAGCUUCCAGCAGCGCUAGUUUUCAAGAGGGUUUAUUGCUCUACUUUCUAGCAGAAAACUACACUUUUGAGGGGUCACUUUAUUUGACAAUUUUCUUGUAGUGAAGAAAGACAGUUAUACAUCAAAUUUGUACUGAAUGAUAUAUCCUGUUUGUGGCGGAUAGCAGGGUGCAGUUGAAUGAUCAGUCGCAUGCCUCGAUCCUCUCAAUUUAGUCAGUUUAGGAACAAAAAUCGCUUCUUUUGUUUACCACAUUACCCAAAAAAAUAGUCAGUUAUUAGAAAUUGAAUUCAUUCUCUCUCUUUCUUGAAAUAUACAAAGUGAUAUUGGUUGUCUGCUUUACACGAAAAUAUAUCCUAGUUUCUCUGAAUCUUGGCAUAGUUCGAAACCUCGAGGCCAACGACACUGCAGUUACUGAUUAUUACUGAACUGAAACUGUGAGUUUUCGCACCACUGUAGAACGAUAUAUUAGCGGUACACCCAAUAUAACGCCGUUACCUGAAGUAAAAUGUAAUCUGGGACUUGUUGCACGCCUCGAAAUCUCCAGUCUUUUCUUUCCUAUUGAUUGAAAAGGUAGUUUAAAGAAAACUGCGUUACGGAAAUAUGGUUUUGGUAAAUUUUCAGGCUGGCUUUGGAAGAGUCUCGAAUAUUCACUUUUGCAUAUGCUACAAAUCGAAUCAGCUGUACAUAUGAAAUCUUCGUGUUCCUUGCCACAGAAUGAUUAGAAACUCACACACCUUUAGAAGCUGAAGCGAAUGCGGCCGUCAAUGAAAGAAAUGAUUAAUGGCCGAGUUUACAGUAUGAAACAGUUGUUUUGUCUUUCACGGUAAAUCAUUGCGAACAUUGUUGUACCUCUAACCUUGGUUGUUGCGUCUAGUCUAGCAUGUACGCGUCGUUUUUCAGUGUACUCAUCAUACCAUAUACCUUCGAAAUUCAGCAGCUUAACAGAAAAAAAGACGUCCAAGUCACAUACAAGUGUGAUUUGAAAUACACUAUGUUUUUCUCUGCAGUUACUAGUAGUAGCUGUUUGUCAAGAAUCAACAUUGUGAAAUCAACACAGACGCCAUUUGGCCACUCCAAACCUGUAACUGAACUGUUUAUAGGGACACUUGAUAAUCGUGUAAAAAAUAUGUUAUAAACUGAGUGUUUUAAUGGUGAAAAAAAAAAGGAAUUUUAGUGGAAAUCCGUAGCUGCUUACGGUUGCCAUAUGAAAUUGCGUUCAUUAAUCACAGCAUGCAAGCAAAGCCAAGGACACAAGGCAGGGAAUUUAGGAAGUGCAGUUUCAAUUUCAUAGACUUUCAACUGAAAAUAUAUGAUUUAUUAUUUUUAAUAACUUGGUCAGAGUGAUAAUAUGCAAAGAUUUUCUACUGCUAGCCACAAGACACUGACAAGACUCAAUGCGACUGUGAAUUGAACUCUCGCAGUAACAAAGCAUGGAAACACGGUUCUUCUAUGAUUGCGGCUACCAACUAAACUUGCCUGUGGUUUUACAAUUUAGAGGGGCAAAGUGGUCUAAAUAUUAGUAGACUAACAAUAAAUCGAGUAACUAAUCUUCCAAAGCGGGAAAAGAGAUCAACAAACAAAGCAUUCCUUUGCACACUGGCGCUUAUACAAUCAUGCUCGAAGCGUACGAACUCCACACCCCACUGAAAAGCAUCAGUCACUGCAUAAAUCUUAUUUUCUCAAGAGUGUUAAUCUGUAUGGGCAAGAGGUGCUAAGCAGCUUAUUUACUGUCCUAAUUUGCGUGUGUAGCCAGGUCUAGAAGCAUUUCAUGUCGCAUUUUCGGCUUAGCAAGUUAUGCGUUCUUGACAUUCUAAAGAAGUUGUCUUCUGUAGCACCACAAGUUGCUAGGGGUUAAUCUGUGAUGACAUACUUAGGCGCCUUGUUUUCUCACUAAAUUUGUUUUGGGUGGUCAUUGGAUUUUGCCAAAAAUAUAUAGAAAAAAAUAUAUAGUUUUCAAUGAUUAUUUCUUUCCCAAUUGUAAGUACCUAAAUCUGUUACAUUAUGGCACUUUUAAGCGGUCGGGGCUUGCUAAAAAGGUGGCAAAUGGAACCAAAUGGACAUUAAGAUGGCAAAACACAUGAUACCUUUUCCUAUCCCCUUCAUCGCAAAGCGAUUUCAGCUUUUCAGGUCACAAUGCUAAUCCGUGAAUAUUUCUUUUUGAUAUGACCUUUUCACGAAGUGUAACUAGUAGUACUAUUAGCGCAAGACUGGCUGCACAAAUCCUUAAUCGAGUUUGAAGAGAUGGCGGGCUUCACUUAGCACAUCCGAAUCUUUUCAAGACUGGGGACUGGGUGACCUUACGACCAUGUAAUGGUUUCCUGACAAAGGAUGGCAGAAAUGGUAGGAUAGUUUCAGAAUUUGCAGUUUUGUCGUGUAGGAAGGAGGUGUAUUAUCACUCUCUCCCCAUCCCUCUCUUUACUUCCCAGAAAAUAAAUAAUAAAUCAAUCGUAACUUAAUCGCAUAAACAGCGCCUACGUCUUGCGUGUUCAUUUCCUGUUAAUCGAUUGUUCGUACGACUCAUAAUUAAGUUAGGUUAUGUCGUGAAACCUCUGAUUCAAGGGGGUCAAAAAAUGAUUCAAGAAACACAACUUAAACGUUUUCUUUACCACUGUGUGUGCUAUCAUUUUCUUCAGUUUUUUGCACAAAAUUCCAAUUAAACACCACAAUCGGUAAAUCAGCUGAAUCAGUAGCAUAUGCCACUAACUACACUGACUGGCCGUGUCGUAAACCCUUAGGCGAAGUGUUUGUUAAUUUGCUAACAUAAACUCACCGGGAAAUAACAGGAAUUCGUUGUUAGUAUUAAGUCAGGAAGCGACACUGGUUAAAUCGCUAAACAGAGGGAACCAAAAUCACCGGUUCACGAUUUGCUAUCAUUUGACCAAAAGCAGAAAUUUCUACCUAAGGAAAAGAAAGGCAUUUAAAGUUGUUUGGUCUUCUUCAAAGGAGAUGCCGGAGGAACAUUGUCACACCCACAAAAAUGGUAACUUAUUUUAUAUUUACUUUCCAGAAAGAGCCAUUAUAACCUUAUACUGUCACAAUGAACUGACAAACAGUUGAAGUUUACUUUGAUGACUAAAAGAGUAUUUAACAGAAUACAAUAGGAACAGAACGGCUUGAAGACUUCAGUAUGCAAUCAAACUGAAAACUUGAAGCUGCUGAAUAAAUUUCUCCUAGUGUACGAUCUCAUCGAUAGUCUAAACAGAGCUUCUAAAACCAGUCCGCUUUACCUCGUGUUUUAAUCGCGAAACCGAUCCUCUGACAUUCCUAGGUAAUCUAUGAUUUGAAGUUAUAAGUUUUAACGCAGAUUUAGUACAAAAUACACCCGCGGCAUAGAAAGAAAGCUACAAAAUGGAUGUUAAAAGGAGGUUUAGUCACUUUAGAGAAUGAAAAAGAGAGAAUUUCAAAUAUAAAAGGGUUAACGUAAAUGGCAUAUUUUUUAUCUUUGCUAAUGUAAUGCCACCAUCAGCCCAUUUUGCUUUCAGUCUGGUGCCUGAGGAAAAAUAACGACACGUUUUGACCUCAAAGUGCGAGGUGGAGCAAUUCCAUCAAAUCCUGCAUAAGAAACAAUUUAUCAAAAACGACAUUCGCCUGUCGGCGAUACUACUAUUUUAACAAAUGAGGCGCCGAGUACUACAUCCCGACAUUUUGUACGUGCCUAUUUGACUUUUAGAAUGAUUAAUUACCCUGGAAGGAAACUUUAGUGGCGGAAAUGGCACCGAUUACUUAGGGUCAUGGCGAACUCUAGAAAAUCGUUAGAGGGACGAUUUCUACUUAUCAUUUUGUGUGAUAAGGGUACAAUAGUUUUCUUUUUACUCAUACAUUCCGAGGACAGGAAUUUUGGACUAUAACAGAAAACAUCUUUUAAUCGCUUGGCAGUGUGUAGAAUUUCCACUUGCACGGCAAAAAUUUUACCAAGAACUGGUUUUGGCUAUUAAGGCAAUGAUGUUUUUUGCAUAAAGAAGUGAAAGAAUAAGAGGAAAUAGAAUACUAAAAAAAUAAUACGGAUCCUUCUUGGAGCCCUCAGUUUGAUUGAAUAAUUUGCGAUUCCCGUUAAGAUGGACACUCGAAUUCUGUCGGUGGUUAUAACCAUGCAACAUGUCUAAAAGCCCUGAUUAGAGAAAACGUUUAGUAAGCCUCGUAGGAACAGAGUUGACUUUGUGUUUCACCUUUUUCCCUGAUCUGUGUUGCUGGAAUGAAUGAUAGUUCAAAUAUGUAUCUUUGCCGCACUGACUGAAAUCAAAAUCAAGUCUUGUUAAAUAGCUGUCAGUAAUCUAAACACUUCAGAAUAUACAUACACUUGAUGAACGUUGGAGCCUCUUUGUUGGGCAUAACAUGAACAGUGCAAAGAAGAUCACUCAUCAUGUUUUUACGAUCUUGUCAGGUUUUACUUCCUAACAGACUGGCUGUUUCUUUGGUAUUCAACCAUUCUUUACUUUAUUUUGCGGGUUCAAUUAGACAGGAAAAAUUAUAGACCAAAACGUUUCUAGAUAAAGUCCUUUUAUUUGUUUUUAAUCGAAAACGUUCUUAAAUACGCACAUUUUCGAUGGGCCUCGGGGACACAUUUAUUCGAAUAUUUUGAGUGGUGUCAGUUUGUGAGAGAACAUUGAAACCAAUCAUACUGAUUCUUCUGAUAACCAAGAGUCUUGGACUGUAAGUCUCUUGAGUAUUCUCAGUAAAAUGAAAAGUUUUGGAGAAUUUCAAAUAAUUAUCAGAAGUCGAAGUCAUAGAUAUUGACCAUAAACUUAUGAUGACAAAGAAAAUCGUUUCGUGUGAACAAAUAACUCGCAAGUAUAACUGAAACCCUAAAUCACUUGCAAGUGACCAUCAGUCUUACACACCUGUGUUUACUCUGAAAUUUACAUAACAAUUAAACAGAAGUAUGCGAGAAAAUCGAAGACUGACCUAGAGGGGUGGUUUUAUUAAUCAGCGUGGCCCACAGCAGUUUAACUUGGGCGGGCCAUGAUCUCUGAUCUAAUAGCCAGAGACCAAAAGAUUAAAGUUCAGGACAGUGACCAUCCAACUGGUACAAAGGUUUAAGCACCAGCAUGUGGGUCUUGGAACACCCCUGCUGUUACCCCUAUCGAGUGCCUAGAUAUGGCCAUUUUCGGACGGAGUAAAACGAAGAAACUCGAAGCGUUUAACACUAACAUUUGGUUAAACCCGGUCCUGGAUAGCUGGAGUGCCAUUACAGAAAAAACGAAAGGUAGUCAAGCACCCAUAGGACAGUAAGUCUCUUGAUUAUACCCUGUAAAAUAACUAGUUUUGGAAAAUUUUGAAGUCAUCACAUACUGAUAAUAGACUCAUGAUGAUUAAGAAAAUCUCAGUUUCGUGUGAUCAAAUAACUUGCUAAAGUACGUUUUAAAUCAUAAAUCACUUGCAAGUGACCGUCGAUCUAACACAUCUGUGUCUACUCGGCAUUGACAUGUCAGUAUGCAACAAAAUUAUCUUGACCAAAAGACUGGCACAAAUAUAUGCAAGAAAAAAUCGACGCGGACAAAAGAUUGACCUUGUGAGGUGGCUUCGUUAAUCAGGUGGCCCACACUAGUUGAACUUGGGCGGGCCAUGAUCUCUGAUAUACAAGCCAGAGACAUAAAGAUUAAACUUCAGCACAGAGAACAUGUAUCCAUGGCACAAAGGUCUUAGUGCCAGGACGUGCACCUAUAGCCAGUGCCUUAUGGCCAUUUUCGGACGAACUUAAACAUAAAGAAACUUGAAACGUUGGACAUAAACAUUUGGGUUAAGUCGGUUUUGGACAGUCUGUAUGCAAAUGUUCAAUAUUUUGUUUUUAAAUUAUAAGAACACUUAAUAUGGUGCUCUACUAGUGAGAAAUCGAGUAAACCAGAAGGUGCUCCACCCUCACACUAUACUCUUAUGUUUCCUAAUUGUCCAUAACUUGUAAUGCCAUUAAAACGGCGUUUUACAUAAAAAAAAGCUUCUGAAAUCGUUCUUAAUAUGCACAUUUUUCGAUAGGCUUCAGAGACAACAUCUGUUUAAUAUUUUGAGGGGUGUUUUGUGAGAGAGAACAUGGGCGGUUACAAUAACCAGUAAUACUGAUUCUUCUGAUAGAAAAAGUAUUCCUAUCAUACUAAGUUAGCAAUUUUAAGGAAUGUUUCAAACGGCCUUAAUGUGAACACAGAUAGUUCACCCAGUGCCAUUACAGAAAAAAGAAAGCUAGCAGUACUAGUCAAGAGCCUUUUGAGUAUAUUCUGCAAAAUAAAACGUUUUGGAGAAUUUCAAAUACUUAUCAGAAGUUGAAGUCAUAGAUACUAAUCAUCAACUUAUGAUGAUUAAGAAAAUCUUUUCGUGUGAUCAAAUAACUCGCAAAAGUACGUUUAAAACGAUAAAUCACUUACAAUUGACCAUCAGUCUACUAACACAUCUGUGUUUACUCUAAAAUAACAUCUCAGUUAUGCACUUGUGGUAUGCAAGAAAAUCGAAGACAGACCCAGUAAGUUGGCUUUAUUAACCAGUUUGGCACUGCAGUAGUUGAACUUUGGCGGGCCAUGAUCUCUGAUCUCCGAGCCAGAGACCAGAAGAUUAAAGUCAAGACAGUGACCAUGCAUGUAUCCAUGACACAAAGGUUUAAGUGCUAGGAUGUUGGCCUUGCUGCAUCCUAGCGAAUGAUUGCUUUACACUAUGUUAUGGCCACUUUCGGAAGAAUUUAAAACAUAGAUAAACUUAAAACGUUUGACAUUCACAUUUGGUUAAAAUCGGUUUUGGAUGCCCGCAAAAAAGGGGCGUCUUACAUCAAUAAAACCUUGAGCGCAAAAAUUGCAUUUAAGUUAAUGCUGAAAAUGAUAUGUGUAUUAAGAAUGCCGCAACACAACUUAUCUAAAAAAUUGCUUCUCGAUCGCCUGACAAGUUCAUUUAAAUUAAAUUUUGACAAUAUGCCAGUAUAACUAAACGUUCCGCGAUGGCUGGAGUUAAUCCGUUGUAGUCGUUUCCUAUAAAUUCAAGGUAACUGUCUGUUUUAGAGCAAACUCACAUUACUUACAUGCUGCCACACCAGUUUCAGUUAUUGAAGUACAAUACUUGAAUUCAACAGCAAUUAGCCCCUCGUAGUUGGAGAGAAUUUUAUGACCGGGAGUCACGACGCGAAGAGAGGGGCGCAGCCGAGGGAGACUUCGAAUUUUAAGCACUCGCCUGCCUGAUACUGAUACAGUCAACUCCCUCUAAGACGGACGCCUUUGGGACCAGCACUAUGAAUCAAUCUUAGAGAAAUGUCCGUCUUAUAGAGAUUCAACUUAAAGGAUUAUAGAAAGGCAGGGACCAACUCUAGGUGUCCGUCUUAGCGAGGUGUCCGUUAAAAGAGAGUUGACUGUAAAUACAGGUUUAUAGGUCUGGGCUCAGUUGUUCAAAAGGUGGAUAGCGCUAUCCAUGGGAUAAAUAUCAACCGAGUGAAUAAUGUAAUUGCUUUUUUUUUCCUAAUACUCAUCCACUGGAUUGUGAUCCAUCCGGUGGAUAGCGCUAUCCAACGUUUUAACAACCGUGGCCAGAUACUGGAAAAGAACUCUAGAAUUCAAGCGUCGAUAUUGAGCAGUCGAGCAUUGACGCCAACUUCUCCACUGCAGUAUUCAUAAAAGUAAAGGAAAUUAUUUGCUUUGAACGCAGAUGUUAUUCUUGACAAUCAAGAUGAUAAAGGAAGACGCAAGCCAAGACGCAUGCGCACUUGUUUCACUCCUCGGCAACUUCAAGUUUUAGAGCAGACCUUUUGCAAGACACAUUAUCCAGAUGUGCUACUAAGGGAGCAGUUAGCAAAUUUUACAAACCUACCAGAAUCAAGAAUACAGGUAAAUAAGAAUUACUUGGCUUUGGUUGGGAAAAGGACCAAAAUGUAACAAUCAUUUGAAUUACAGUCCACUCCCUGUAAGACACAUCACUUUGGGCCCAGCACUUAAAGUGCGUCUAAGAGAAGUGUCCGUCAAAUAGAGAGUCAACUUAAAGGAAUAUAGAAAGGCAGGGACCAACUCUGGGUGUCCGUCUUAGCAGGGUGUCCGUCUUAUAGAGGUGUCCGUUAAAAGGCAGUUGACUGUAUCCGUCUUGUAUAGAGAGUCAACUUAAAGGAACAUAGAAAGGCACGGACCAGCUCUUGGUGUCCGUCUUAUAGAGGUGUCCGUUAAAAGGCAGUUGACUGUAUCCGUCUUCUAGGAUUAUAGAAAUGCAGCGACCAGCUCUUGGUGUCCGUCUUCGCGAGGAGUCCGUUAAAAGAGAGUUAACUGUAUUACCGUUUUAGAAAAUAUUUCUAGAAUAUGCUGUGGAGUGACUGGAUAGAUCAAGGGAGGGGAACAAAGAAGAAUAUAGAGAGGAACAAGAAGGGGAAAGGUGCGGUAUGGGAGAGAAGAAGAGGAAUCUACCGAUAUAUGGAUUAACAACAGAGAAGAGAAAAUUGAAGUCAAAAAAUUCAAACUUGUAAAAUUAUGGGAUUGGUUAGAAUAUUCAGAAAGGAACAAGAUGAAAAACGCCCCCUUGUCAAAAAUCAGCCUGUUAGUGCAAUUUGGUGGGUAGGUAUAUGCCCCGGUUUGCUCUGAUGACUCCGUACAAGUUCUUCUAAAAUUGGCUUGGAUAGUAACGAUGACCAUAACGCCUAGUUUAUCACCAAUCUGCACCAACAGGCUGAUUUUUGGCAAGUAAACUUCUUUCACAAAUUUUAUUUUUGUUACGUCAUCACUUCUUAUCUCUAUUGCCUCGUUAGGACAGUCCGUUAGUUCUCAUUUCAUCGAUGUCCUUCUCAGAAACGUUUAAUCAAUUUGUUUGGUCCUCUUACAGGUAUGGUUCAAAAAUCGCAGAGCAAAGUAUCGAAAACACGAGAAGUCCGGAGUUGAGCUAACAUCAAAAAGGAGUCUCUCAAGUUUCUGUAAUGCUGAGACCAUAGGAAACAGGCAUGAAUGUUCACUCUCCCACCUCUCCUUUUACCAAUCUCCAAGAAAUAGCAAUCGGCCAGUUAUGUCACCUGUUCUCAGAAGAAAACCAGAAAUGGAACGACCACGCGAUCAUGGUCAUCAUCUUCCGAGCAUGUCAACAUUUCUCCCGCCAGUUCAUGAAAUGCUUCCACAUAACAUGAUGACGUCAUCGUUUCACCCAUUCUCUUGCACAUCUGAGCCAUAUCGACAACAAUCAUUCCCUUCAUACACCCUCAGGCAUUUUACUGAUGGGUCUCCAUUUGGUUACAAUUAA